UAUUAUUGAUCUCACAACAGACCAACAAGCCCAUGAACAAGACAAGAACAUUGCUGUUUGGACUGCCAAACUUUUCAGCUAAGAAUUUUAGAGCUGGUACAUGUGUUUGAAAACACUUUCCUUCACUCCUCCCUUCAUUUCUAACUUCAAGUCCACAUGAUUGAUAGUCAUCAUAAAACACUUUCGUUCAUCCUUCCGGACUUUCCUUUCCCAACAACCCUCUGCCCCCGUGAGAUGGCUCUCAAUCAAGUCUCUCGGUUCUAGCAGCCCAGAUUGGUUCAAGCUCAGCCUCAUUCACUUCGGCCCGUGCUCUCUCUACCCCUUUGCAAGAUCAUUUUCUCUCUCUUGAGUUUUGGUGAGCAGUUUCUCUCUCCCUCUCUUCUCCCCUUUGCCAGAUCGGUUCAUCUCUCUCCUUAAUAUCGUAUUUUUGUGAUUUGGGUCUCCGAUCUAAGGAUUUGGGUCUCUGAUCUAAGGAUUUGGGUUUGGGUUUUUUUGUUGUGGUUGUGGUUUGAGGCUUGGGCUGUGGUGGAGCUUGUGGUUGUGGGUUUUCUGUGCAUUCGUUUGGAUUUUUUGGUGGAGGUGGAGGUUGUGGUUGUGUUGAGGGCUGUUGGUGGUGGAGGUUGUGGUUGUGGGUUUCUGGGUUUGCCGGUGGUGGUGGUGGAGCUGAGUUUUGUGACCAAAUAAAAGUGUUGGAUUUUUUGAGUGAUAGUGGGGUUUGGGUUAUGAGUUAUGGAUUUUGAGUUUGAGUUAUGAAAACUGGGUCAGCCCUAAACCAAACGAGCCUUAAUUGAUUUGUACUAAGUUUUAGUGUUUUACUUUUACCCACAAAGAAGGGAAAAUAAUUAAGCAGACAUGGUAGAUAGUGUUGUGAGUUUCCUGUUGGAGAACGUGACUCAGUUGCUCUCCCAAGAAUCAAAAUUGCUAGGGGGAGUAGAGGAUCAAGUGAGGUCACUUCAGAAUGAGCUGUCUCUGAUCAAUGCCUUCCUGAAAAAUACUGAUGGGAAACGACAUGACAAUGAGUUGGUGAAAGAGGUAGUAAGCCAAAUAAGGGACGUAGCUUAUGAGGCUGAGGAUGUUAUUGAUACGUUCAUCAUGGCUGUGACAAAGUACAGAAGAAAAGGCAAGCUGGGGAAGUUAAUCCAUUCUUGUAACCGAGCAAUAUCGUUUCACGAGGUUGCAAACAAGAUAGAGAGCAUCAAGAUCAUCAACAAGGAAAUUCACGACAAUAGGAACAAGUACGGCAUAGAAAUAGCUGAAUCAUCCGGAGGAGAAACAGAAGCAGAGGUGAAACUACACAAGCGCAGGAGAUACGUAGAAGAAGAUCACGUGGUGGGCUUUGGUCAUGACACAGAGGCAUUGGCGAAGCAGCUUAUUGAAGGUAGUUUGCAUCUUAAUUUUGUUUCAAUCAUUGGCAUGGGUGGCUUAGGUAAGACCACUCUUGCUAGGAAGAUCUACAACGACAAUCAUGUCAAGAACCACUUUGAUUUCCAUGGGUGGGUGUAUGUCUCUCAAGAAUAUAAAAUCAGAGACAUGUUGAUUGAAAUUUUGAAGGGUAUGACACCAAUGCCAAAAUUGAAGAAGUUUAUUUUGAAAGUUGAAUUGAAAGAGGAAUUACUUCACGGUCUGGAAGCUAAGUAUAGCACGAACAAAGAUAAAUUGAAAGGGACAGUAAUUGAAGACUUGAACGGAAUCAAGGCAAUGAAUGAUGAAGAAUGCAGAAAGGCAUUGUUUGCUUUCUUGGAACACAUAAAAAAAAAAAAUUUGCCAAAAUGGUUGUCAGAUUCCAUGUCAGCUUUCGUGGAAGGUAUUUACGAAAAGAAUGGUGUAGGGUGGCAAGAUUUGGAUGAAGAUGAAUUGAGAAGUUUGUUGUUCGAUUGCUUGAAAGACAAGAGAUACCUAGUUGUCCUAGACGACAUUUGGGAAAUUGAAGCAUGGAAUGAGGUAAGUGCCGCCUUUCCUAAUAACUCGAAUGGGAGUAGAAUAUUGAUUACUAGCCGAAUAAAAGAAGUAGCAUUACAUGGAACUAGUGUUAAUAGUGUUCCUAUUCCUCCUUAUGAACUCCCAUUUCUUAAUGAAGAUAAAAGUUGGGAACUCUUUUGUAAGAAGGUGUUCCGAGGAGCUUCAUGCCCUUUAGAACUUGAAACUUUAGGGAGACAAAUUGUGGACAGUUGCCAAGGCUUACCACUUGCUAUUGUGGUAUUAGGGGGUCUUUUGGCGAAUAAGGAGAAAACACAUCGAACAUGGUCGAAAUAUAUUGGCCAUGUCAAUUCGUAUCUGACUCAGGAUAGAUCAAGUUGCAUGGACAUAUUGGCUCUAAGCUACAAUCACUUACCCCGACGCUUGAAACCAUGCUUUCUAUAUUUUGGUAUUUACCCAGAAGACUUUGAGAUACCAGUGAGGCAACUAAUCCGACUAUGGAUAGCCGAGGGAUUCAUUCAACAAAUUGGGAGUAGAAAUAUAGAGGACAUUGCUGAAGACUACUUGGAGGAACUCAUUGAUUGGAGCUUGAUUCAAGUGGCAACAAAAAGGCUAGAUGGAGGAGUCAAAACAUGUCGUAUCCAUGAUCUUUUACGAGACCUUUGUAUAUCAGAAAGUGCUGAAGAGAAGUUUCUUGAGGUUUGUUCAGAUGUUAAGCUUUCACCCAUGAGCAAAUGUCAUAGAAUUUCCAUCCACUUUGCCAAUAAUCCAUACAUUUCUUCCAACCCUUGUAAGUCUUCAAAUAAUCGUUCUGUAAUAGGCUUUCAGGGAGUUGUCGGGCUUGAGAGUCCUCUUGACAAAGGCUACUACUUGAAAUGGCUAUGCAAAAGUAACAAGUUGGUUCGGGUGGUAGAGCUUAGCAAUAUGGCCAUUUGUUGCGCAAUCCCCAAAAAGAUUCAAAACCUGUUUCUUUUGAGGUACUUGAGCAUUUCAUCUGGUUUGCCUCAUGUCAUCAUUCCAAAUUCCUUAUGCAACCUUUGGAAUCUUGAGACGCUAGAUAUGAGAAAUUCUAAAAUUGAAAGCUUGCCCAAGGGGUUAUGGAAGUUACAAAAAUUAAGACAUUUGUACUUGAAUGGGCCAACAUCUCUACCUGGAACAGACAAUGAAGAGGGUUUACCCAAUCUUCAAGUCCUUACUGGUAUAGCAUUAAAUCACUACACUGAGAGUCUCUUUGCCAAGGCCAGAUUUCCUAACCUAAGAAAAUUAGGAUUGUGUUCAUCAAAUGUGCACGAGUCAAGGUUAUUCAUAUUGUCAUUGUCAAGCAUCCAUCCCUUGCGUCAUCUGCAGACUUUGAAGGUUUGUAAAUAUAUUUAUAAACUUUCAAAUCCUAGUUCACUCCAGUUGAUCCCAACAAAGUUAACCUUGCUGGAUAUGCCAAAUUUUUCUCCAUCUUUCGGAGUGUUGAGUAGCCUUACCAACCUUCGAAUACUCAAAGUAGUUGGAUGUGACAAUUUAGUACUUGAAUGCGAUGAACGUAGUUUUUGUCAACUCCGAGUCUUCAAAAUGGCAAAAUUAAAUCAUAUGCAAUGGACUAUGAAGAAAGGUGCAAUGCCAAGGCUUCAACGUUUGGUCAUCGAGCGUUGCAAGUUUUAUAUGCUGCCCCUGGACGAACUAUGGUGCUCGAGCGCCUUGCAGGAUGUGGAAGUUUUCUAUCCCGAUCCACAAUUGGUUAAGGGGCUUCAACAGUUUCAGAUGAGGGAUGGAUGUAGGCUCCAAGUCUAUCCAUCUCUGGACCCAUUCCCAACAACUAAUUGAGAUAAGUAGUCUGUUGUGCUAUGCUUUGGUGGUCAAUGCUCCUCUCUUUCCUGAUUAUCUUAGCUGUUUGUUAACUUAAGCCUUUACUGUAUUUGUUUUUUGUUUAUGGACCUGUGGUGAUAAAUCCGUCUUGGUU